CAACUGGAUUCCAGCUAUGUGUAUUUUCGUGAACUAGCACUGCUAGCCUGCUUGUGAUGGUUCGCUCCCUUCAUAGGAAAAAAAAAACCCAAGUAAUUAAUAAAGCUUAAUUUUCGUUCGCUUGAAAAAAGAAAAAAAAAACACUCCGUCGACAGUUCGUGCCGAUGUUCGGCCAAUGCAAGCUCAAGGGCCGACGAGAGCGGAGACAUCGACGUGCAUACCGUCCUCUAGCCAUCUCUGAGUCCAGCUAACAUAGCUACCACCUUACCGGGGAGAUAACGCUAAGCUGGCUGGCUGGCUGACAGCUGCUUCGGUUAGCUGCGUGCCUUUUACCGUAGCAUAGCUGAGAUUUAUUCGCUGAAAUGAUGACUCGUCUCUGACAUUGAGAGGACUGAGGCCCAGUUGGUUGUCACAUUGGAGAUAAUCAGAACAGAUAACUAGCAAGGUGGGUCUUGGUUUGACUCUCCGGUGGUGCCAUAGAAGAUAAGUGAAGGAGCCAAAAGUCAGCUUGCCGAUGCCCGCUGAUUGUGAUCCCGCAGAGCUGCCAAUAUGAUGCCGAUGAUAUUGACGGUGUACCUCAGCGAUGGGGAACAGGCUGUGACUGAGGUGCCCAUCACCCCCGAAACAACGUGCCGCGAUGUCGUCGAGUUCUGCAAAGAGCCCGGUGAGAGUGGCUGCCAUCUGGCUGAGGUGUGGAGAGGGAACGAGCGAGCAAUCCCCUUUGAGCACAUGAUGUAUGAACACCUGCAGAAAUGGGGACCGCGGAAGCAAGAAGUCAAAUUCUUCCUCCGGCACGAAGAUUCCCCAACUGAGAGCAGCGAUCAAGGGAGUCAGCAGUCUCAGGAUCAAAUGAGUCGCAGAAGUGGAAAUACUGGAGACAAGCACAAUGAGAAUGGGGUGGGCGGUCAGCGUGUGGAGCUCACGCUGUCGGAGCUGCAGGAGAUGGCCACACGGCAGCAGCAGCAAAUCGAGGCUCAGCAGCAGAUGCUCGUUGCAAAGGAGCAACGUCUGCGAUACCUGAAGCAGCAGGAGCGGCGCCAGCAGCAAAGCAUUUCAGAGAGCGAGAAGCUCCAGAGGCUCAAAGAACGUGUAGAGAGCCAGGAAGCCAAGCUCAAGAAGAUUCGCGCAAUGAGAGGCCAGGUGGACUACAGCAAGGUCAUCAAUGGCAACCUGUCAGCGGAAAUUGAGCAGGUGAGCAGCUUGUUCCAGGAGAAGCAGGCGGAGUUACAAGCAGCUGUGCUGAGGGUGGAGCAGCUUAGCCUGCAGCUGGAGGACCUGCGGAGAGGGAAGCUCAAUGGCAUACAGACGUCCCUGGGCGGCCAAGUAACUGGCGCUGCAGCCUUGGAGCUCCGUAAACUGUACCAGGAGCUUCAGAUUCGGAACAAGUUGAACCAGGAGCAAAACAGCAAGCUGCAGCAACAGAAGGAGCUUCUAAACAAGCGCAACAUGGAAGUGACGCUCAUGGACAAGCGCAUCAGCGAGCUGCGAGAACGUCUCUACAAGAAAAAAGCUGAGGCACGUCAAAAAGAGAACCUUCCUCUGAAUAGAGCCAAUGGGCCUCCAUCUCCCCAGCCAGCUCCUGGUACUCUGGGUCGUGUCGCUGCUGUCGGACCAUAUAUCCAGGUUCCAGUACCGUCUCGACAGGAAGGGGGCUACACCAUACCACCAGACCCACUGAAGCCUCAAACACUGGGCGUUAAUAACCAAGCCAACCAUGGCCGCACUAAAUCAGCUAAUGAAGCUGGUUGGCCUACUAUAGGCAAGACCAGUGCAACUCUAAAGCCUCCUGAGAGAAGAGACUCAGGGACUGAUACCCAGGGCAAAAGUGCUCCCUCAGGCUCCCCAGGUGCUCCAAGUGGAGAAAAGGUGCUAGACUCCAAAAUGGCUGUGACUUCCCCAGCCAUCAACAAGCCGCAGCCACCACCAUAUGGAUCCCACCUCACCUCCGCAAACUCAGCCAGCUCCUUGGAGCGCCGCAAAGAUGCACCUCCCCCUCCCCGCCCGCUCCCAAACCCACCAGCUCCCGCUUGGCCCCGCGUCCCCCCCUCCACAGGUUCAUCCUCUCAGCAGAUCCAGCAGCGUAUUUCAGUGCCACCAAGCCCCACCUUCCAGCCUAAUGCACCGCUCUUCCCUUCUGGGAUGAGUGAGCGACUGGAUCCUCCGCCAGCUGUGGCAGUGCGCCCCUUCAUCCCAGACAGAGGAUCACGCCCUCAGUCGCCCCGAAAGGGUCCACCCACCAUGAACUCUAGCUCCAUCUAUCACAUGUACCUCCAGCAGUCGGCGCCAAAGAUCCAGCCACUCAAACCUGCUAUUAAAGCAGUAUACGGGAAGCCUGUUCUCCCCUCCAGCUCGACCCCUCCCUCGCCUCUGCCUUUUGGCCAGGCAGGAGGUGCCUUCCCAUUGCUCCAAGGCCACCCCAGUGGUGAGGACACUUUAGAUGGAGAAUUUGAUGAUCACGAGAGCUUCCAGCACCUGGAGCCAUCAGCACCUCCUUCCAGUGUGGAGAACAUCCCACGGCCACUCAGCCCAACCAAGCUGACGCCAAUGGUACAUUCUCCGCUUCGCUACCAAAGCGACGCUGACCUCGAAGUGCUCCGGAAGAAGCUGGCCAACGCUCCGAGGCCGCUGAAGAAGCGCAGCUCCAUCACAGAACCAGAGGGCCCAAGCGGACCCAACAUUCAGAAGCUGCUCUACCAGAGAUUCAACACUCUAGCAGGAGGCAUAGAGGGAAAUGGAGUCAGUGGAUCAGGAGGUGGCAGUGGUGCAGGUAAUGGAACACCAUUUUAUCAACCAGCUAAUCCUCCUGGAUACCUGGGAGGCGAUCCUCUGGCUGAUACAGACAAUGGGAACCUCCUCUCAGAAACUCCACUAGGGCCAACACCAGGCGAAGAAGAACCAGGCUCUGACGCGCCACCUGCCAGUACUGAUGCUAAUGACAAUGAGCCAGUAGCCUCACCAAAAGAAGGACACAUGGAUCUUGCUGAAGCAGAGGGAUCAGAGGACAACAACAAUAACAACGUGGGAGGUUCUGAGGCGUCGCUGCCCAGCCCUGUGCCUGAGGUCACCAGCCCAGAGGAGAGCGGCACAGGGGUCUCACAACCACUGGAGAAGCGAACAAACCUAAAGAAGCCUAACUCUGACCGCAUUGGUCAUGGCUUCAGAGUGAAGUUUAACCCUUUGGCCCUCCUGCUGGAUGCCUCGUUAGAGGGAGAGUUUGACCUGGUCCAGAGGAUCAUCUAUGAGGUGGAGAAUCCUAGCACUCCCAAUGACGAGGGCAUCACACCCCUGCACAACGCAGUGUGCGCAGGACACCACCACAUAGUAAAGUUCCUGCUGGAUUUUGGAGUGAACGUCAAUGCUGCAGACAGUGAUGGAUGGACUCCUCUUCACUGUGCCGCCUCCUGCAACAGUGUUCAUCUCUGUAAAUUGUUGGUCGAGUCGGGGGCCGCCAUCUUUGCCAGCACCAUUAGUGACGUGGAGACCGCUGCAGAUAAAUGUGAGGAAAUGGAAGAGGGCUACCUCCAGUGUUCCCAGUUUCUAUACGGUGUUCAGGAGAAGCUGGGUGUAAUGAACAAGGGGACAGUGUACACUCUGUGGGAUUAUGAAGCCCAAAAUCCAGACGAGCUGUCAUUCAGCGAGGGGGACGCCAUUACCAUUCUGCGACGACAGGAUGACAGUGAAACAGAGUGGUGGUGGGCGCGGCUCGAGGACAAUGAGGGCUACGUGCCCCGCAACCUGCUGGGGCUCUAUCCUAGAAUCAAACCCCGUCAGCGCUCCCUGGCAUAGUGUCUCACUCCACUGACCUGUGGCUAACAGCUGGACUACUGACACGACCAAGAGCAGAGAACAACAAUUCACAUUCAGCCCCAGACUGUGCCAGAGCACGGCAUGCUUUAUCUUGCUCUUAAAAUACUGCCCCACCCCUCCAGAAAGCAGCGCUCAAGUUCGAACAAGUUAUCAAGCAAAAGAUCAAGGGUAGAAAAAUGUUUGGACUAUGCCACUUAUCUGUCUUUUACACAGGAUGAUGUAACUUUAUCAAUUCAGAUGUUCAGUCUCAGGGAAGGAUUAAGACUCUGUCAUUGUCAGCUUUUUUUUUGGCCUGAUCAGUGAUGGACUUCACAUGCUCUGCAGAGUAUCACUGCCUUGAUUCAGGAUAAUCCUCAGCAUAAUUUAUGCGAUGAAAAAAAAAAGUCUCCUUUGUUGUAUUAAUGCCUCUUAAGCCAAGAUGUUAUUGGUAUAUUUGACUUGGUAAUGCAAUUUCCAGUUAAUUGAGUUGGCGUCUCAAGAGCAAGUGAUGUCAGUCAUGCACAUUCUUAUUGAAUUAAUCGUAUUUGCAAUAAUUUUUUUGUUCUUUAAAGUGUCUUGUUUUUGUUGUGAUGCACAAAUAACAUUCAUGAGAUUUUAAAUUAAUGAAUCAGA